AUGAAUAGUUCUCUCAUGAAACGUGUCGAUUCAGUCGACUUUACCUCCCCGUUGCAGGCUAACGUCGAGUUGCUGACCUCGUUGCUGGUGAGCGUCGUCGAACAGCACUGCGGUGAGGCAGUCGCGGGAGCUUUCGAGAAAGUGAGAACGCUGUCGCGUCUCUACGACCUCACGCACGAAGAAAAGCACUUUGAGGAACUGUGGUCGCUUGUGCAAGAGCUCCCGAUUGAUGAUCUCGUGAAAAUCUGUUCUACUUUCAGCAACCUGUGCAACUUGACGAACAUUGCAGACCAUGUGCACCGCAUCCGCCGCCGCCGAGCUUACGAGCGGGGCGAGUCCUCGUUCCUCUUGCACUACGGCGCCGCGGAAACCUUCGAGUACCUGGUCAAGGCAGGCUUCACUCCUGAGGAGAUCUAUCGCAAUUUAUGCAACCAGACGAUCGAUAUGGUUUUGACGGCGCACCCGACGCAGUCGGUGCGACGCUCGCUGCUAAGCAAGCUGCACAGCAUUGGAAUGCUGCUCAUUGAGCUGGAUCGCAACGACUUGACCCCACAGGAGCGAGAUCUCUUGCACAUGCGGAUUGAAGCAGAAAUGAAUGCCUUAUGGCGGACAGAUGAGGUUCGACGCAGUCGUCCGAAGCCGGAAGACGAAGCGCGGGCCGCCCUCAAUGUCAUCACGUCUACGGUAUGGGACUCUGUUCCGCGUUUCCUACGGCUGUUGGAUAUUGCGCUCCGCAAGAUUGGUAUCGAGGGGGGGAUACCCCUUGAUUGUCGUCCGUUCGUGUUUUCCUCGUGGGCCGGCGGCGAUCGCGACGGGAACCCCAACGUGACCGCUCAAGUGACUUGGGAGACGGUGCUCCUUAAUCGUUUCCGCGCUGCAGAGCUCUUCCUUGAGGCGAUCGAGAGCCUAAUGUUUGAUCUCUCGCUGCAUUACUGUAGCCCCGAGCUGCGCAAGUACAUUCAGACGUUACCCGAGCCACAGCUGGUUGAAAAAGGCGCCCGAAUAUCUCUCAUAUAUCGCGAGUUUUCGCACCACGUACCACCAUCGGAACCUUAUCGACAGGUUCUGGCCCACGUGCGUGAUCGAGUACGUCUCACGAGAGACUAUUUCGGGGCAUUGCUCUCCCAAAAUCAUGCGUUAGCGGAUCAGAUCGAUCCCAGCAUUGUGCUUACCCACGAAGAAGAGCUACUGGAGCCACUGCGCCAAAUCUACGCCUCCUUGCUAGCCGAGAGUGACGUUGCGGUGGCUCGCGCAGGACUCACCGACCUUAUCCGCCGUGUUCAGGCCUUUGGUUUAUCACUUUUGCGCCUCGAUAUUCGUCAAGAGGCGAGCAUGCAUACCGAAACCAUGGACGCAAUCACUCGGUAUAUCGGCGGCGGGUUGAAGCCGUACACCGAGAUGACCGAAGCAGAACGGAUGGCGUUUCUGUCGGAGACGCUGCAAGGACGCCGCCCACUCAUUCCCCGCGACGGCAUACCGGACUGCAGCGCUGCCGUCCAGGAGGUCUUGCGUACCUUUGAGGUAUGCGCGAAAAUCUCCCGUGAGAUAUCCACCACCGCGCUCGGUGCCUACGUCAUUUCGAUGUGCAUGGAGCCGAGCGACGUCCUCUGUGUGGAGGUACUCCAACGCGAGUUCGCACCAAAACGGCCUCAGAGGGUGGUACCGCUCCUCGAGACCAUCGGAGCGUUGCAGAAGGCUACUGAAUUGUUGACAAGCCUGUUUGAAGUGCCGUGGUACCGCGAGCACCUCAGGAGCGACCACGACAAUGUUCAGGAGGUCAUGAUCGGUUACAGCGACAGUGGCAAGGACGGUGGUCGAAUCACCUCGGCGUGGGAGCUUUAUCUUGGCCAAGAGCGUCUGGCCCAGACUGCCCGAAAGUACGGCGUGCACUUGCGCUUCUUUCACGGUCGCGGAGGCACCGUGGGCCGCGGCGGUGGGCCCCAGCACCUCGCGAUCAUGUCACAGCCGCCGGAUACCAUCAACAAGUAUUUGCGGGUAACCAUCCAGGGAGAAGUCAUUCAGCAGGAUUUCGGAAUGCCGGCCCUUGCGGAUCGUACGCUGGAAACCUUCACAACAGCAGUUCUCCGGCAAGAACUGAUGCCUUUCCGCAACGUACAUCCCAAGUGGCGUGAAAUCAUGGACCGCAUGAGCCACGUGAGCUGUGAGCACUAUCGUUCGAUCGUCUACAAGCAACCGAACUUUGUGCGCUAUUUCCGGUGCGCUACACCAGAACCUGAGCUCGGCAUCCUGAACAUUGGGUCACGACCCCAGAAGCGACGCGAAGGUGGCGUGGAAACGCUGCGGGCGAUACCAUGGGUCUUCAGUUGGAGCCAAAAUCGACUCCAGUUACCGGUCUGGCUGGGCAUCGGCGACGCCAUCGAGGAUGCCAUCGAGCGAGGCGAUGGCGACACCCUUCGCAAAAUGUACCUCGAAUGGCCCUUCUUCCGGUCGUUUAUGGACCUUAUUGAAAUGGUGCUCGCAAAGGCCGAUACCCAUAUCGCUGCCAAGUACGACGAGGUGCUGGUUCCGGAUCCCGACAUGCACGCCAUUGGGUCAGAGCUGCGGAGGCGGCUCCAGCAUACCAUCGCUUUGGUGAUGCGCGUGUCGGGCUCUCGGCGUCUUCUCGAUAACGACCGUCCACAGCAACGAGCGAUUGAUGCGCGGCGGCCUUGGUUGACCCCCAUGAACUUGGCACAAGUGCGAGCGCUGAAACUCAUGCGCACUGCAGCAGCGCAACAGAGCGAGCCGGAGUCGAACGUCACCGAUUUGUUUGUGAUUAGUGUCAAGGCGUUGGCGGCAGGCCUGCAGAACACCGGUUAA